AGUCAGAGGUUGUUCUGGAGCCUGUCACCAACCAAUUGCAGGGUGCUAUAGACAAACAAGUUCAACCAUUCACACUCACAUUCACACUGAAGGGCAAUUCCGGAUCUUCAGUGAACCUAGCCUGCGUGGGAGGAACCCACAGAAAACCUCCACAAACACAGGAGGUAAUGCAAACAAGUGGCAACAACUUGAGACUGAACAAAAAUGAGUUUCCCAAAAUAAUUGCCAUUUGGGACACCAAGCAUUUUCCAAAACAACCAAGAAAAAGGACAGCAGGAAUUGAUCUUUCCCUCCUGUUGCAAACCCGGGCUCCGUAAAUGAAAGGGAAAAUCCAGUUGUGCGUCAUGUUUACGUUGGUGGGCAAAUCCAAUGUCCAUCACAAGUGAGAUAAAAGCACAGCGAUCAGACUCUGAUGUUUACUUUGCGGAUACACAACGACUGAGACAGGAGCUUCACCUGAGAAUCAACAUGAUGAGGAUAUUUGCCUUCGCUGUGGUCGUCAACGUUGUCCUCCAAACGGUGCCAGGCUGCCUCUCGUCUUGCUCCAUAAAAGGCUCAGUAGCCAACUGCGCCUUGAAGAAGCUGCGCUGGAUCCCCUCUCUCCCUCCCAACAUCACCCACUUGUACUUGGAGAUGAACCACAUCGGUGAGAUUAACGCCACCUCGUUGUCCGGCCUGGAGAUGCUGCAAGAGCUGGACUUGGGUCUUCAGUAUUCCACGCUAGUUAUCCGAAACGAUGCGUUCAGGCGGCAAAGACGCCUCAGGAAGUUGGUGCUGGGUUUCAAUACGAGGCUUCAACUCGAGCCGCGGGCCUUUUCAGGAUUGUCCACUUUGCAGAGUCUCCACCUGGAUUACUGUUCCCUGGAUGAAUCCAUCCUGAAGGAAAACUAUCUGGAGCCGCUUUCGGCGUUGGAGACGCUUGAUUUAUUUGGCAACCGGAUCAAGAGGCUCCAGCCUUCAAUGUUCUUUUCCAAUAUGACUCAUCUGAGACGUUUGAAUCUGAAACUGAAUCGCGUCAACAAAAUAUGCGAGGCCGAUCUGGCCGCCUUCCGGGGAAAGCAAUUUGAAUCCGUGAAUUUAGACUCCAACAACCUUAAGGCGAUGUUUGAUGAAAGCUUUGAUCCGGAUGCUUGCGGGAACCCUUUCAAAGGAAUAUCUUUUGGGACACUUGACUUAUCCCAUAAUGGCUUCAGUAUCGGCAACUUCAAGCUAUUUUUCAAAGCUAUCGAGGGUACUCGGAUCGCUCAUCUCAAGCUGUCAGGACACAUCGGUCGAGGGUUUUCAUUCAGCAAUCUCCUGGAUGUGAACAGAAGCACUUUCGAGGGCCUCGGGAACAGUUCGGUCAGCAUGUUGGAUCUGUCGAAAAACAGGAUAUUUGCGUUACAAGACGGAGUAUUCAAGCCGUUGUCAGAAAUUCAAGUGAUCGACCUCUCUCAAAACCGACUCAAUCAAAUACACAAAAAUGCUUUUGAAGGUCUGGAACAUUUAAAAAAGCUCGACCUGUCGAAUAAUUUGCUCGGGGACAUCCGAGCUCAUAGUUUUGCUCCUCUAAAGAACUUAAAAGUGUUGGACCUCUCUUGCAAUCACAUCGGUGUUUUGGGCUAUCAAGCAUUCCGUGGACUUUUUCAUCUGGAAGUACUAAAUCUCACCGGAAACUCUCUGAAGGAGUUUGGCUUCCCCAGCGCUCUGCCGAGUUUAAGUUAUCUCAGUUUGAACGACAACAAAUUGACCUUUGCAGCAGUGGACACCAUCGCAGCGGUUGCCCCCAACGUUACAUAUUUGGACAUUCGGAACAACAGGGUAGAAAACUUGCAGGGUGCGUACAUUUUUUUGACCAAGCUGAAAAAACUCCAGCAUCUUUUCUUCGGAGGGAACCCCAUCAAGUGGUGCGCAAUCAAUACACAAGUUUCCGAAAAGAAGCAGAGCAACGUGAAGGUGUUCGAUCUCCACAGCAGUAACUUGCAGUCACUUUGGUCUCAAGGCAAAUGUCUCGAUGUGUUCGAGGGUCUUCACCAUUUGCUCAGUUUGACCUUGAGCUCCAACAACUUGCGCUCUCUUCCGAAAGGCAUCUUCCAAAGUCUCCCCUCACUUCUUGAGUUGGACCUCUCAUCCAACGCUUUAACUUAUCUCCGGCCAGAUGCGUUUCCCAAAAGCCUUAAAUUCCUCAACCUCGCCAACAACUUCAUAGCGUCCCCCGACCCGGCCCUCUUCCGCUCGCUCAGCGCCCUCAACUUAAAUCUGAACCGGUUCCACUGCGAUUCAAACCUGACUAACUUCUUGAUGUGGAUGAAGGAAACGAACGUAACCUUUGCGAGUCCCGUCGAGGACUUCAGGUGUGAAUUUCCUCUUGCUUUCUAUCAAGCUUCUCUGUGGGAUUACUUCACUCAGCUUCUGGGCACCGGAAGCACUUCAAAUGAUUUAUAACCUCGCAUACAUUGAUGAUAACUGAUGUAUAAUAACUGCAUAUAAUAAAGCUUUCUUUCAUUCAAUUUAACUGUAUUAUUUAUAAGAUGAUUAUCAGCUGGAGGCAUGUAUUUCUUUUCUACACCAGAGAGCAGCAUAGAGCUAAUAUUCACAAGACCCUGGGACUCUACGGACCUUGCACCAGCUGGUCUCAGUGCCCCUGUGACACUACAUCAAGCACCAUAUCUUGUUUUCAUAAAGCUUUAUAUGCAUGUCUAAAUAUUGAGUUGCAAAAUGGAAUGAGUAAUAAAUGCAAUUUGAAUAAUUGUGAAAAGUACAGCAUAUAAGCCAUUGUUUUUAUUUUGAGUAAGAACAUUGCCUGAGUUUGUCUGAAAUCUGGUGCAGCGCUCAUUGCGGAAUCACAUUGGCAAGCGGUUCCAAAAUACACUCCUGCCGUCCUCAUAAAGCUGCAUACUGGUCAUGAAAUAUUUAAUUGCAAGGCAGGGGGCGAGGAAGAGGCCUUUUCUUUGCCUGUAAAUCAUCUGCUGAGAAGACUCACAUUGCAUGAGGGAAAUUCGAUUCCCUUCUGCGUAUGUGGAUUAUGGAUGUGUGUAUGUU